GGGAUUUGGGUAGUUUGUGGAUAAUUGACACUCUCUGUUCAUACUCUCAAGCUCUAACCUCUGGGCAACAAUGGCGAUCUCUUCCACAUCUUCUUUCUCUUCAUCUGUUUUUAUCUCUACUCCACUCCCAAAAGCCCCAUCUAAGCUCAAAUUCAUGAAAUUCCCGAAGCUCAAAGUUUCUCGAUUUGCGUCCGUCCGUGCAGAACUCGCGACCCUUCCGGUCCUCUCUUUCGACGGCGACCAAGUGGGCUCCGCCACUCUCGAUCUAAAGACCGCUCCUCCCCACACCGCACGCGCGGUCGUCCACCGUGGUAUCACUACCGACCUCCGUAAUAAGCGCCGAGGGACUGCCUCCACCCUCACCCGCGGAGAGGUCCGCGGCGGCGGAAAGAAACCCUACCAGCAGAAGAAGACGGGUAAGGCGCGGCGUGGGUCUCAGCGUACUCCUCUCAGGCCCGGAGGGGGAGUCAUAUUUGGGCCCAAGCCCAAGGACUGGUCCAUCAAGAUCAACAAGAAGGAGAAGAGGCUUGCAAUUUCCACUGCCCUUUCUAGCGCGGCUAAGAAUUCCAUUGUUGUAGAAGAAUUCAAUGAUAAAUUCCAAACACCCAAAACCAAAGAGUUCAUAGCAAUGAUGAAGAGGUUGGGUUUGGACCCGAAAGAGAAAUCGAUGUUCUUGAUGACGGAGAUGUCUGAUAAUGUUAUGCUGUCAAGCAGAAACCUUGGGAAAUUGAAGAUGCUAACACCUCGGACUAUGAAUUUGUUUGACAUCUUAGACUCAGAGAAACUAGUGUUUACUAAAUCCGCUGUUGAGUUCUUGAAUCAGAGAUAUGGAAAUGAUAACAACUGGGAGAAUGAUACUGAAUUUGAUGAAGAAGAUGAUGUGGAAGAUGAGGAAGGAUCGGAGAGGGAUGAAAAUCCGGAUACUUUGGAGUGAUCUGCAACUAGUCAAAGACUAUAGUUUGGCAGACAUUCCAUUUAUUUUGAUGUGUUCAAUCUUUGUAGAGUGUGUUAGAAUUGUUAAUUGAUUUUUGAACAAUCAUGUAUAUCUACACUCACUUUCUGCUCUAUAGGUGGUGUAUGGUGUUUUAAAAUGAUAUAUUGGUGCAUCAAUGGCUGCUUACUCUGUUUAGUCAUUUUGCUCUGGAUUUGCCAUGCUAAAUGAAUUCCUACUGUAUUUUGUUAUAGUUUCUUUGCUCUA